UUUUUUUGUUGUGAACGUGUGUGUGCACGGUAUUAGUGGGUGGAGUUGGCUGAAGGCAGUUGGCCAGCUCACUGUGAGAUCUGAUCCUACACAGAGAAUAAUGCUUGCUGAGGAAUUUGACCAUACAGUAACGGGAUUACAUACUGUAUGACAGCAAGAGAGCACAGACAGAUAGUUUUUUUCCUUCACAAGGUGUCAAGUUGCACCCUCUUCUUUGUUGCUGUGGGGUUGGACAAACGAGAAGUGGCUCCUCCCCGACAAAGAGAGUGGAGCCACUGCAUACAAACUCACCUGUUGAACUUGCAGCAUCGGGGUGGAAAUCUGACCAACUAUCAAAGCGAAGUCCUCCUGAAGAACUUAGCUCAAUUGGACACCAUGGCCUCCACCCUCUCUGUGCGCAGUUACUCCGUGCGUCAGCCCUCCUUCUCCAGCAUGUCUCAGAGGGAGAGCGGUCGCAGCAUCCGCUCCAAGCCUCCCGUCUCCUCUUCCACGCUGUCUCUGUCCCGCUCCGUUUCAAUGGGCAACGGCCUCAACAUGCUGGGCUCCAGUCUGUCCUACAACGGCCUUGGUGCCGCAGCCAGUGAGAAGGAGACCAUGAUAGGCCUGAACGACCGGCUGGCCAACUACCUGGAUAAGGUGCGCUCGCUAGAGAGGUCCAACUCCGACCUGGAGAUCAAGAUCAAGCAGCUCAUGCUGGAGAGGACUCCCAAAGGGCACGACAUCGAGGGGAUGAUGGCCCAGGCACAUGCCAUCGGGCAGGAGGUAAGGAAGAGGACGCUGGAGAACGCCCGGAUCAUGCUGGAGAUUGAUAAUGCCCGGCUGGCGGCCGACGACUUCAGAGUCAAAUGGGAAGCAGAGGCCACACUAUGCCAGUCGGUGGAGAGGGACUGUCAAGCUCUGAAGAGAGCAAAGUCAGACCACGACCAGAUCAUCGGCACACUGCGAGGAGACCUGGACAGCCUGAAGGAGGAGCUCUACUUCCUCAAGAAGAGUCACGAUGAGGAGAUGAUGACAGUGAAGUCUCGCCUGGCCAACGAGCAGGUGAGCGUGGAAGUGGAUGCUCCUCACGGCCCUGACCUGGGGGCCAUCAUGGCUGAGCUGAGGGUCCAGUAUGAGGGCAUUGCGCGCAAGAACAAGGAUGAGGCCGAGGCUUGGUACCUCAGAAAGUUGGACGCGGUGCAGUCAGAGGUAAAAGAAAGCAACGAGGCUCUCCGUUCUGCCCAAAGCGAGCUCAGUGAGAGGCGACGAUUCCUGCAAGCUCUGGAGGUCGAACUUGACAAUAUUCGGAGGCAGGUGAGUGUGUUGGAAGGAAACCUGGCUGAAACUGGGCACAAGUACUCAGUAGAGAUGGACCGUCUUCAGGCCACGCUGACCGGGCUGGAGGACGAGCUGUCUCAGCUGCGUUUGGACAUGCAACGCAACAAGACCGACUACGAGCAGCUGCUUCGCAUCAAACAGAACCUUGAGAUGGAGAUUGCCACCUACAGGAGGCUGCUGGAGGGGGAGGAAACGGUAAAAGAAACACCUCCACCUCCUAAAAAAGACCCUGAUGUAAGGACCAGGAAGAUUGUAAAAGUCGUCACCCAGACCAUGAUCAACGGCAAAGUGGUGGAUGAGUCCAGCGAGGUGGAGCAGAUCGAGGAGCGCAAAAAAUAAUGCCAAAGUGUUGAGAGAGGAGAAGCAGAGACGUCUCUUAAAACCAAAGUUGAUCUAAUUUCAACACAACGUUCUUGUUGAUGAAAAACAAUAGAAUAAAAAUUUAUAAAAAAUGAGUUCAACCUAA